AGAAAAAAUUAAUUCACCUUGGUUGCUGUGGUAAGAAUUGUUUCGUCGAUUAGGAUACGGUCCUCUUCUCUCUCCUUAUUAAUUAAGGUUACAUGUCGGACAAUAAAUGAGCUGGCAGGUUUUAGAUACGUUACAUGGUGGAGCAUUGCGACCGCCCUAAAGGAAUACAGUAAGUUCGACAGUGCUACCUGAUCAAGGAAAUUAAACGAUUAUAAUUUCCUACUUGUCUUUUCUAGUACAAGACAAGGAAAUGCUGGCUUUCAAAGGUUUCUUUUAUUUCAACUACUUCCAUCCGUUGCAAAACGUAGUUUAUACUUUGACUGUCCAUUUUGAUAUUUGACUGUAAAUUCAAGUGCAAUACUUCUUAACAAAAUCAUAACUGUAUCACACUUUACAGAACACAGCCCAAGUAUUAUUUGAUUAAUUAUUGGUCACGGUACGGGUUUGAACAGUCAAAGUACGCCCCACAUCUUGCAACGAGGCUGUAGUACAGUACAACACCCAAAAGUAGUCCACAACUAUCACUUUUUAUUAUUUUGAUUGAAUUUGACAUGUUAUUCUCAACACCCUUGAGCUUAACUAUAGUGGUCAUACUUGCGGGGAACUGAAGAACUGAGAUGCAGCAACAUCCUUGGGAGGGUUCAGUAUCUAGCUGGAUUAACCAUGCUGUGUAUCUUCCUAGAUCAUAGCUUUGAGGGUUCUCCAAGGCAUGAUGCUUAUUUGCGAAGGUUUGAGACUGAGCUUGCUCAAAAGUGUGAGAAAUUGGUAACGGAUUUGGAUAGAAAAAUAAAGCGUGGUCGAGAUCGGUUGUCGCAAGAUACUGUUGUGUCGCCUCCCAUCCCUGGAAAAACAUCUGAGCAGCUGGCAGUGCUAGAAGAAAAUAUCAAAAAGCUGUUGGAGCAGAUUGAGGUGCUUGGUGAGGCUUGUAAAGUGGAUGAAGCUGAGGCACUUAUGAGGAAGGUUGACCUUCUAAAUGCUGAGAAGACAGCUUUAACUAACCAAGCAGAUCACAAAAUGCUCAUGCUCCAAGAGAAGAAGAUGGAACUUUGUGAAAUAUGUGGCUCAUUUUUAGUAUCCGAUGAUGUUCUCGAGAGGACCCAGUCCCAUUUGACUGGGAAACAGCAUAUUGGUUAUGGUUUAGUGAGAGAUUUUCUGGCUGAAUGCAAGGCAUCAAAAGAAAACGAGAGGCUGGCAAGGGAGAAGAAAUCAGAGGAGCGCAGGAAACCGAGAGAAAAAGAGUAUGAUAAUGGGGGCAGGGAGGGUGAUACCAAAAGAGAGAAAUCUGGGGAGCGUCACUACGACCGUGAUCUUUACUAUGAACGAAGCCGUGAAAGAGAAAGACCAUAUGAUCAUAGGGAGAAAGGAUCACAGUAUAGGAGCAGUUCCUACAGAAGUGGUAGGGAUUCCGAAAGAGACAGACAUAGACAUAGGAGUGGUGAUAUGACAAAGGGCCAAGGGAGAAUGAGGAGCAGAUCACGUUCCCCAGGCAGGCGUGGCUAUGAAAGGUCAAGGAGUCCACAUCAUUAACUGAACAUGUAGAUAGGUCUUUUGCAGUUGAGAUUCAUGAGGUAGACCAUCAUGUCCAAUUUUGCUAUUUAUUAUUAUUAUUAUGGUAUAAAUGGAUUCUAUUGAGCUGCUUAUCUCUGCUCUGCUCUAGCAGCUCGGUUGGAACCUACAACCUCCCUUUUAGAAGGAAAAAAAAAAUCUCAGGUAGGUAAAGGAUCUCCUUCCAACAAUUAUUGUCUGAUAAAGAUGAAGUUAGUAAGAUAGCACUAGUAUUGGACCACCAAUCAGGAUGCAGUUGUUUUCAGCCUAUAACAGGUAAAACUGUGAUAAUUAGUGUUUCAUGUUAUAUAAACCUAAUUGAAGUGAAUAUUACUGUUGUUCUUUUCCGUUUCAUGCAUAAUUUUCUUGCUGGAACUCAUUUUUGAUCUGGUUCAGUGUUGGAGGUUUGUGCCAGUAUUAACCCCAACAGCCAACUUUAACCUAGCCAUGGAUCCGUCAAUUUCUGGAACAUUUAUUCAAGUGUCUGUUUAUAGAAUUGGGAAGUAUUAUGGAACAAUGUCCUCUUCUGAAAGAACAAUUGCGAAGGAAAAACACCAGGGUCCAAUGCUAGUAACUCAUUGUUUUCUUUGUAGAAUCAUUAAAAAAGGUGUAUGGAACCUGUUUUAUCCAACGUUUAAUCUGCCACUGUUUCUUUGCGGUUCUCUACAACCUGCCCUCUGGACAAAUGAUCUUCCAUUAUUGACUUUGAAGAUAACAUAUUUUUAACCAAAUUACCACCAUGGAAUAUACCUAAGCUGGAUGAUUUGUUUGUACUAUGUCUUACGUGCCAUUUGUAGGAGCCACAUCGACGUUUUUGGAACUGAUGCUUCAGUGCUUCUCAAACAUGCAAACAUCUUGGGUGGACGCCAUCUCCGAACUCAUGCUGUCUCGAUGAUGUUUAUUUUUUUCAUGUACCAUUGUGCUUCUGGAAUAUGCAUGUAUGUCAAUGGUAACCACUCCAUCUCUCGGAGAACAAGGUCGCAUUAUGUUUGUGACAUUUGUAGUGUUACACCGUAUGUCUGUUAGUCACUCUGAUCGUGAGACAUGCCACUUCACUAUUAGUAUGACUCAGUUCUGGUGUUUUGAGCCUUUGGUUGACAGUGCAAAAAUAAUAAUUGCUGAGUUU